UGUACCCAGUCCCAGAGCCUCAGCAUGUCGGAGACCGCUCCCGCCGCUCCCGCCGCCGCCCCCCCGGUGGAGAAGGCCCCGGUGAAGAAGAAGGCAGCCAAAAAGCCUGCCGGGGCGCGCCGCAAGGCGUCCGGGCCCCCGGUGUCCGAGCUCAUCACCAAGGCCGUCGCCGCCUCCAAGGAGCGCAACGGCGUGUCCCUGGCCGCGCUCAAGAAGGCGCUCGCGGCCGCCGGCUACGACGUGGAGAAGAACAACAGCCGCAUCAAGCUGGGCCUCAAGAGCCUGGUGAGCAAGGGCACCCUGGUGCAGACCAAGGGCACCGGCGCCUCGGGCUCCUUCAAGUUCAACAAGAAGGCGGCUUCCGGGGAAGCCAAGCCCAAAGCCAAGAAGGCGGGCGCGGCCAAGCCCAAGAGGGCCUCCGGGGCGGCCAAGAAACCCAAGAAGGCCGCGGGGGCGAGCACCCCCAAGAAGAGCGCCAAGAAGACCCCCAAGAAGGCCAAGAAGCCCGCGGCGGCGGCUGUCGCCAAGAAAGUGGCCAAGAGUCCGAAGAAGGCGAAGGCUGCCAAGCCCAAGAAGGCCGCCAAGAGCGCAGCUAAGGCUGUGAAGCCCAAGACUGCCAAGCCCAAGGUUGCCAAGCCCAAGAAGGCUGCACCCAAAAAGAAGUAGGUUGUUGAACGUCUGCUUCUAAAACCCAAAAAGGCUCUUUUCAGAGCCACCACUAUCUCCGAGAAGGAGCUGAACAUUCUUUCCUCAUCCUAUGCCUUUUACCUCCUUAACCUCUAGCUCUAGAACAGGGUCGGGGGUGUGGUUGGCCACUUCGGGCUUACACCGACCGGAAAGGGGCGGAGGGGAUCUCUGCGCCGCCGUGGGGCGCGUCCCCCGCCCUGCGGUGCCCCCGGGUGGCCUCCCCGGCUGCGGUGCGGAAGCGCUGUCCCGAGGCGCGCACUCGUCCACCAGCCCCGCCCCGCGCCGGGUGCAUCGAAAACAACCACAGAUAAGCCAGCCUGUCUGUGUCUUCAGGGGAUACCCCCACUGGAUUGGAAAGUCAUUCAAAAGUCCCGCCCUGCUCGCGGGUUGGCCCACUCCUCCAGCCCAUGGUUUUCUUCGUGUGUUUUAUUGGGUGGCGGCCGGCCUCUUGUGUGUUCUACGUAUGUUUUGUUUCUGGGGGGUUGAUUUGGGCUUUAACCGCUGAUAAACGUGCAUCUGGUAUUUCGGACACUUCCCAUGUUUAGGAAAGUCCAGUAGGGGUGUCCGGGGGGCAGCACGCGGCCCGGGAGGUGGGGAUGCAGGCGCCUGCGCCCCGCGAUCUCGUGUGCAAGCCCGUGCGCCGCGGCCACCAAGUACCGCGUCUGGACAAGCGCGCAGCGGCGACGGCGACCCUGCCACGGCGCACGGCUGGGCCCGCACCCUUCCGUCCCUCGCCUUGUGUAUCUUCGGACAUGGACAGAGGUGUGAUGGAUUUGAGUGCAUCAAAAACAACUUUUCGUCGGCCAUUUUGUCUUGGCAGCGGGUCCCCGAGCCUCAUUUUAGGCAGACGUCAACUUCCCCAAACCGGAGACGUUUUAAAGGAUUUCUGUGCGGCCCCAAGUCCAACAGUUUCGACGCGAGGAGCAAAAUAUGGGUAAACAGUUGGAAGCGUAUGCGUGUGUGGGGGUGGUGUCUCUAAUGAAGGGCUUUCGUGUAUAUUCACGAUGUUAUCUGUGGGUUUUUAUAUUCAUGGCGUUUCUUCUGGACAGAGAAGGUCCUAGUCCCGUUUAUAUUCUGGUGAACACAGAUUUUCUUGAGACAAGUUCCAGGAACGGGCUUCUGAGACCUGCAGCUCAGUUCUUUGUCCAUUGCCACGAUGACGGAUCUAGUCGUUAAUUAAUCUAGAUUCGUUCCCCCUUUCCUGGUAGGGACCACGGGUUUCAUCCCUGCCCGCACCGCCCCUCCCGACAGAGUGGGGAUACUUUGACGUCCGUUGUCGUGAGUAGAAAGACCUCCACUUCUUUGAGAGCGCUUCGCGCGCGCGCGCACACACUCACCAAGACAGAAUUUUCCCAUGGUUACUUCCCAUAAUUUUUGUGCUGUUAAUUUCACAUUUAAAACAAUUGAGCCCUCUGUAUUUUGUUGUAAGGUUUAAUAAAUGUAUACAACCCUUCCAUUUCUGACCCCCCUCCCCUCCCUACCCUACCCCCAUUUUGAGAUGCCACCUUUAUCAUGGGCUAAAUUCCUUGGGUAGUUGGAGUAAUUCUUGGUUUUCUACUUUGUUCCUUUGAUCUUCCUUGGCCAUUCCUCAAGUGUGAUCACACUGUUAAGUAUUGUUCACAGGACUAUUUUCAAUGCUGAGAAUACAUGACCUAUAGUAGGUAUUAAAAUAAAAAUUGAAUGUUUAAUAAACUGAGAUGUUAUGACUGAUA